CACGAACUAUAGUCUAGGGACUAUAUAGGAUGCUUAUUACUUCACGUCUUCACUAGUUCCGAGUUCGCUGUAUGCUGCUGCUGUGUGUUGAGUAUUGAGUUUACUGUUCAAUCAGAAUCAAGAUGUAACUCUCAUUACUUAGAAUAAAUUACAUGGCAUAUUUCUCUAUUAUAAUUUCGUUUUCUGUAGGUCUGUACUGUUUUUUAUUCUUUAGGAUAUAGGCAUUCGGCAUUUCAGUAUUACAUCUUAUUAAUUACUCUCUAAAAUAUGGAACAAUUGAUCUUAAAUGAUAGAUGCUUUACAAGUAAAAUAUCAAUAUGAUCUACUUGAUUAUAUUAUUGUAUAAUUUUUAUUUUUAUUAGAUCAUAAUAGUAUUGUUAUUUGUAUCCAAUGUUUGAAUGAAGUGAAUAAAAAACUGUAUAGACAAUUAUUUUAGUCUAAAAAUUUGGUGUAUGUGUUAUUAUUUUUGAUGAUAUAUAAUGUACUUAGCCAAGCUUUAAUAAUCAGACUAUAAAACAAUACACUAAUAAAUAUGCAUCGAUUUCAAAAAGACUUUAGUGCUAUUAUUUUGGAUGAAAUAGCUCUUGAAGGUUUAGAUGGAAUUACUAUUGAAGCUUUGUGCAAGAGAUUAUCAAACAAUUGUAAUUGGCCCUUAAAACCAGUUGAUGAUUCAAUUAAAAAGAUUAUUUGGUCGUUUGUAAUUUGUCUGAAGAAUGUAGAUUUUUAUAGACUUGAUAAACCUAGAGAUCCUUUGAUAAUAUUUAAUCGAUAUGAAUAUAUUCAUAGUGAAUUUGGUUCAAUUUAUGAGCCGGAUAAUGUACCACAAGAUAUUUAUCCAAAUUUUCCUGUUGAAGAUGGUACAAUUAUGGGAUCGUGUAAAGAAUAUUUUACAAGAUUCAAUCUAGCAUCAUUCCCGAGGAAAAUAUCAGUUGAAGAAGCAGAAAAACGAUGGGGUAGGUGUUUGGUUAUAGUGGCCAAUCAAGAAGUACGCACAAAAGCUUUAAUUCCAGAAGAUAAACAGUGUACCUUAAAUAUAUCAGUUCGUUAUUAUUUAGUAUUAGAGAGAAUUGGACGCUCACGUUAUUUAGGAGAAGCAUCCUAUGGUACUCAUUCAUUAAGAGCUAUUUUUCCUGAUUCUAAAGCAUUAUCUUAUAUACGAAACCGAUUAACUGAUGAUGGUUUGAUAAAAAAUCAGGCACUUGCUUUUUCUGGAAGCAGUACACAAGUAGCUAAUCGUAUUGUUAUUUCAAGUUUGAAUCGAUUUUUUGUUAAACGACAAUCUAUGAUUGAUGCAAUGGUUUCAAGAAUUGUAGAGUAUUUGAAAUCACAACCUAAUUCAUUGGCAUCAUAUGAUCAAGUAAAAUCUGAAUGCAAUAUUAGUUUAUCUAAAACAUUUAAACAACCUCAGAUCAAAAAAAUAUGUGAUACCAACUUAAUGCUCAAGUAUCGUGAGUUAUAUCCAAAUGCUACUGAAAGUGAAUAUUUGUAUAAGAAAGAACCUAAAAAUGAAAAGGUUAUUAGAUGUAUUAAAUUAAAGAAUAGUGUAGAAACAGAACAUGAAAACAAAACUGCUGUUGAAGGACGUGAGUUUAAACAAGAUUGUACAUUUGAACGCCAGAUUCUUAGAUGGAUUGAAAAACAUGGUGACUUAGGCGUAACACUUUCUGACAUAUCUCGUGCUUUUAGAUUUACUACUGAUGGUAAUUUAGAAGGGGUUUUGAAGAAGCUUACUAAUUUAAAUUAUUUAACUAAAAGUUAUUGUGAUCGAGGUAGAACAAAAGUUUUUAGUUAUAUUGCUAAUACUUAUAAAUCGAUAUAUGUGGAUGAUAAUGUUGAAAUAGAAAAUUUACUUGUAACAAAAACUCAAGAACCAAAGUCAGAAAAUGUAAUAAAUGAUUUUUUGAUCAAUACUUCUGAAGAUAACACAAGAAAUAUAUCUUUUAAUACAGCACAUGAACAAACUUCAAUAAAAAUUGAGUGUUGUGAUGAGUCUAGUCAGAAUUUGUAUAGCUAUAAUAAUCUAGAUACAGACAAUGAUAAUACAUUAAUUAACAUUUCAGCCCAAGAUGAAAAUACUAAACAAAGUGACGUAGAACAAACGAUUACACGAAUAAUGGAACAUGGAUAUUGCAAAACAGUAUAUGAAAGAUCAAAGCAGACUGUGAGUUUGACUGAUAGGUUUUAUUUUCGACAAAAUAUCAUAUUCAAUAUGUUAUCUGCAGAUAAUAUAAUAAGCUUGCUUAACCUGAAAAAAAGCAUAAUAGAAACUGAAAAAGAAAAUCCAAAGUUUAUUGGAACCCUUGAUAUUAAAACAUUAAUUAAAAUUAUUGGUUAUUUUGAAAAACUGGGUAAACUUAAAUCUGUUCAAUAUCAAGUUACUUAUGAUACAAAAACUGUGAAUCAAUCAUUUAUAGGAACUCCUAGUGUUGAUUUUACGACCCCAGAAGCCAUUUCAUACAUGAAUAGUUUCUUAAAUAGAUUUAAUAACACUAUGAAAGCAACUAGAGCUGACAAAAAAUGGAACCUAAUAGUAUACAAAUCCCCAGAGCCAAAAAUUAAUAUAUCAGAACUUAAGCUUCCAAGGUUUAUGAAAAUGAGAUCAUUGCAUGAGUAUCUAUAUUAUUUAGUUUAUGAUCAUCCAGGUGAAAGUUUAUUAAAUACAUGUAAUGAAACUGAGGCAACUGUCACAAGCUAUAGAAAUGAUAUUAUUCAAGGAGAAAAAGCUCAACUACCAAAAGUUUACUUUCCCACGGUCGGUUGGAAAAUGUUUGUUCCGCCCUUACCAAAAUAUCCAAAAUAUCCUGAUGGUUGGUUUUUUGUGAGUGACAUUAUUCAUCAUAUGCCCUUAGAUCUGAUGUUAAAAAUUGUAAAUUUUAACAAAUCUAAGGUAAAUCUUGACAAACUUGUCACAUAUGCCACACAUCCUGUGUUCAAAUACUUACCUUUGAUGACACUUUCAUCUGAAGUACGUAGUACUUUAUCUCAAGGAUUAAAAAAACACAUUCGACAUACUUUAAAUGUAUUACGCCUACUUUGUACAAUUGGCUUAAUACAGUUUGGUCAAAAAACAUACAAAGAUACUGAAUUGAUUUAUGCAUACUUGAAUAGACGAGCAAGUUUGUUGAAUACUGUGAAAAGUAGCCCCAGCUAUUAUAGAAUAUCUGAUAUGGACUAUGAAAAACGUUCUUAUGAAUUUUUCAGCAAUUAUGAAUUAGAAACAUUUUGGUUAGAUACUUGGUACUUUUGUACAAAUACGCCAUUAGGGUAUAGGAUUUCAAAUGCUUUGAAUAAACCUAAACGAAGGGAAAUUAUUGAAAGAAGUAAAAUAGCCAUAGAUCUAGCUUGUUCUCCUAUAGGUCCAUUAGAAGCUGUGUCCCAAGAUGAUGGUACAAUACCUGGUGACAGUAAAGGAGCAGCUGGAUUUGACAGUCAUUUAUUUGCGCACCUUGCUCGCAAUUGGAGCUUAAAAAAAAAAUCUAUAAUGUCAGCAUCUAGAAGAAAAACCAAACUUAAUCUUUUAUUAAUGCAGAGAACAAAAAAACAUAGAGCAAAAGAAAAGAAAAAAUCAGAAAUGACUAAAAAUCAGUUGUAUACAAUGAGAUUUAAGUGGACAGCAGUUGAGGAUCAAGUACUUUUAUUUUGGAAAUUGGGUGCAAUGCUCAUAAAACAAGUUAAAUCACAUGCGUUUCUUUCUUAUGGUAUUAAAGAUGUGUUCAAAUCAAUAUUUGGAAAAUAUUAUCGUUCUAAAAGUAUUGAUAACUAUUUGAGACGAAUACGGUAUUUAAUGCGACAUUCGUCUAUAGAAACUAAUGUAAAUACUUUGUACAAGGAAUUGAAGAAUGAUGAAGAAAUACAAGAAUUAUUCAAAAGGGAUAUUGAGAAACAACAUGAACUGUACAAUACAAAAAAAUAUAAAGCAAUGAGGGAUCUUAUUGUUUCUAACAUUAAACAGUUUAUAGUGUUAUUACGUGAACGUGGUACUACUAUAGACACUACAAGCGUAAUCAAUAAAAGUAAGAAAUCAGCUAUCAUACAACCAGUAGAUGUGGUACAAGAAUCAGAUAUCUAUGUUGCGAAAAUUAGCCAAUUUACACCAGACGUCCUAGAGAUGGAAUUCAAUUAUUCCGAACCUAUUUGCAACCAACUGGACUGUGUACAAGAAAUUGAUUAUAUAUUCACUGUGAAUGAAAUCGCCACAUCAAUUGUCAGUUCACUCAUACACAGUUCAUUGAACAACAAGACUGCGGACCCGAGGAUCUCAUUAUGCUACUUGCAGGCAUUUAAACAGUACCCGGAAGACAUUUUGAGACAGUCCUUUAGCACCCUCAAGGACUCCAGUAUAAUAACAUGCAGCCAAUACCACAAGGAGUCACUACAGAUUUUACUAUCAACUCCACAUAUUAUCCAGUCAAGAACUUAUAAUUAUGGUCCAAAGUUUUAUUCAACAUUAAUUGGCACCAAAGAUGUAGAACGUUACAGAAGUGCGUUUAUUGCAUAUUCAAAUAUCAAAGAAGACCUUUCUGAGCGCAAGAUUUUACUGCUGUAUCCUUCAUGUGGUUUAUGUACAGCUCUUACCAGUAUGUCAUUGACAAAUACUAUAGAUAUUUCCAUCGAGUUUGAUAAAAAGUACUUAGAAUAUAUGCCUGAUGAAAAUUUAGAUAAAGCAUCUAAGUGCUUGAAAAACACUCUAAAACGUAUGAGAAGUCGUCAUUUUGAUUUACUAUCAACCAGUAAUGAUUCAGUUGAAUACAUCAAAAUAAUAACUUCUGUCACUAAACAGUUAAAAAAUUAUGAGGUUAUUUGUAAACUAAAGCAAUCUAUACAAAAUAUAGAAGAAGAAAUUGAUUUAGUAGCGCAAAGUAUUUUCUGUCGACCAACAUUCACACCACAACUUGAAUAUCUCACAACCGGACUAAGUGAAUUAUGCAUGCAAAUUCUCAAAUUUUGUCAUACCAAGGGACAAUGUGGUGCUUCGCAACUAGAAAUCAAAAAAAACUUUGAAGAUUUAUCUCUGUUUGUUCUUACAACGUCUGUGCGAUAUCUGACGGAUAAAGAUCUUUUAUUGAGAGCUGGCAUCGAAACACCAGUAUAUGUGCAUCAUGAAUACUCAGAUUUGUGGCUGGUGAAAAUACCCAGUGAAAAUUGGUCAAGUGCUGUUAAUUAUGAUUCAAUAAUUAUGGAAGAUGAAAAUGUAUCACAUUUAGAGUCAGAUUCUGAAGAUGCAGAUUCAAUACUUCCACCAUUAAAGAGAAUGCGUGAAGAGCAUCCAACAGAAACAAAUACUAAUACCUUUGAUCGCAUUAAAAUUCGUCCUUGGACCCGAUUGAAUUUAACUAUCAACAAAGAACUUUUGGAGAAGUUUUUGAACUCUGUUCUAACUAAAAUAAUUGUCAAACCCGGCAUUUACUUGAAAACCCUGAAAAAAGAUUAUUGCACCAUUUUACAGCCAAUGGUCGUUAGGGAACUUGUAGAAAUGCUUGAAGCUAUGAAGUGUAUAAAAAUGAUUCACGUAAAAAAUAUAUGCAGACCUUCAUUUUUUUCUAAUCCGUCACCUUUAAACCAUAACUUGGUGUUUACUGAUGUGAAGGGAUUGGAAGAUGACUCAUUAAUAAUACUGGAACCAACUCUUGAUUGCGAAAUCAGAUUUGGAUAUUUUUCAAAUAAAUUUGGUGAUUAUGUUAAGUAGAUUAAUAUUAAAUAUUUUUCUUAUCUUAAUAAUAGUUAUUCUUAAUAAAACCCAAAAACAGCAUUUUUUUAAAUGUUUUUUAUUUAUUGACUACUUUUAUAUAAUGUACAAUUUUUUUAGUAAUUAAUAAGAGAUUAGUUUAAGACAUAAAAUAGUUAAAUACAUUUUAUUGUAGAACAUAUUUUAUAAAUAACAAAAUGUAAAGUAAUAACUAAUAACGAUUAAUUAAUCUGUAACUAAAAUUGUAUUUUCUGUGUAUCUUCAUUACUGUUAGGAUAUCCUUUACACAUAAAACUCGAGUCCAAUUAAGUUUAUUUCAAAGGUAAAAGUAUUUAUAAUACAUAUAAAAUUGCUUUAAAAGACUAAGAUUUAGUUACAAAAUAAUGACAAACUCAAAUAAACAUUAUCAAAUUACUAAAAUAAUAUUUUAACAUAGAUCUAUUUACAUUUAUGGAGAAUUUAUAAUAAAAUAUACUUAUUAAAAACAAAUGGUCAACACUAUAGUACAAUAUUAUGUCUUGACACUAGAAGGAGAGUCUAUAAGUUCUGUUUUUUUUUCACUUUCAUUAUAUGUUUUCAUAUACCUUUUCAAUUCUGCUGUAGCUUUGUUAAUC